AUGGUUAUUGAACCUUCAUCUAGUCCAUCGUGUUCACCUGUGGUGCUGGUAAAGAAGAAGGAUGGCAGCAUGCGGUUUUGUGUUGACUACCGCCGCCUGAACGACGUUACGAAGAAGGACAGCUAUCCCUUGCCAAGAAUUGAUGACACGCUGGACAUGCUUACAGGCGUAAAGUGGUUUAGUACGCUGGACCUGAAAAGUGGCUACUGGCAGGUUGAAAUUGACCCUAAGGACAAGGAGAAAACUGCAUUCUCCACAGGAAAGGGUCUGUGGCAAUUUAAAGUCAUGCCGUUUGGAUUGUGCAAUGCUCCAGCAACGUUUGAAAGGUUGAUGGAGCUUGUACUUACCGGGCUAAUUGGAGAUGCCUGUCUGGUCUAUUUGGAUGACAUCAUCAUCGUAGGCCGUACGUUUGAGGAACACCUUCAAAACCUGGAACGUGUGCUCACAAAGAUCCAGAGUGCCAACCUCAAGUUGAGUCCGAAGAAGUGCUCACUAUUCAAACGGCAAGUUAGUUUUUUGCGGUAUGUAGUGUCGGAAGAAGGUAUCCGCACGGAUCCAGAGAAAAUUGCCGCUGUCAAGGAGUGA